AUGUGUGUAGUGUGGUACAAUGUGUGUUGCAUUGUCUGUUUGCAGGGUCUACAGAAGAAGCACGAGGCGUUUGAGUCAGACUUCCAAGUGCACAAGGAACGCUGCUCGGAGAUCCGGAAGGAAGGACAAACCCUCAUUACUGAUGGCAACCACAACGCAGACAGCAUUGGCCAGAGGAUCGCGGGCAUGGAGGAGAAGCUACAGGAGCUGGACGGCGCAGCGGCCCGGAGGAAGGCCUCGCUCAACGACAACUCGGCUUUCCUGCAGUUUAUGUGGAAGACAGAUGUGGUGGACAGCUGGAUAGCUGACAAGGAGACCCAAGUCCGCUCGGAGGAUUACGGCCGUGACCUUUCGUCUGUCCAAACGUUCCUGGCCAAGCAGGAGACGUUCUCCGCGGGGCUGUCGGCCUUUGAGAAGGAAGGCAUCCAGACCAUCACCACCCUCAAGGACCAGCUGGUCUCCUCCCGCCACGAGCAGACGCCCGCCAUCGAGGCGCGCUACAACGCCGUCAUGGCGCGCUGGCAGAAGCUCCUGGCCGACGCCGAGGACCGCAAGCAGAAGCUGCUCCACUUACAGGACAAGUACCGGCAGAUCGAGGACUUGUACCUGACCUUUGCCAAGAAGGCCUCGGCCUUCAACAGCUGGUUCGAGAACGCCGAGGAGGAUCUCACCGACCCUGUGCGGUGUAACAGCGUGGAGGAGAUCAAGGCUCUGCGAGAGGCCCACGAACAGUUCAAGGCGUCUCUGAGCGCGGCCAAGGCAGACUUCAAGGGUCUGGAGUCGCUGGACGCACAGAUCAAGAGCUUCAAGGUCGGGCCCAACCCCUACACCUGGUUCACCAUGGAGGCGCUCGAGGAGACCUGGAACAACCUACAGAAGAUUAUCCGGGAGCGUGACAACGACCUUGACAAGGAGGAGCACCGACAGGAGGAGAACGACCUCCUGAGGAAACAGUUUGCCCAGGCCGCCAACGCCUUCCACUCGUGGCUCACCCAGACACGGGCAGCCAUGAUGGAAGGCUCCGGCUCUCUUGAGGAACAGCUGGAAGCCACCAAGAGAAAGGCAGCGGAGGUGAGGUCACAGAAAGGUCACCUGAAGAAGAUUGAAGAUCUGGGGGCAGCGAUGGAAGAGAGGCUUAUUCUGGACAACAGGUACACGGAGCACAGCACGGUGGGACUGGCGCAGCAGUGGGACCAGCUGGACCAGCUGUGUAUGCGCAUGCAGCAUAACCUGGAACAACAGAUAGAGGCCAGGAACCGCAGUGGGGUGUCGGAGGACGCGCUCAGAGAGUUCUCUAUGAUGUUCAAACACUUUGACAAGGACAAGAGCGGCAAACUGGACCACCAAGAGUUCAAGUCUUGUCUGCGAGCCCUGGGCUAUGACCUGCCUAUGGUGGAAGAGGGACAGACAGAUCCUGAGUUCCAGGCAAUACUGGACGUAGUGGACCCCAACAGGGAUGGCUUCGUCUCGCUACAAGAGUACAUGGCCUUCAUGAUCAGCCGGGAAACAGAAAACGUGCAGUCGAGCUCAGAGGUAGAGCAGGCCUUCCAGGCCCUCACAUCGGGAGAGAAGCAGUACAUCACGGCCAACGAGCUGUACCAGGUGAGUGGGAAAAAUAAUACAUCACAGUACAUCAACAUACAUCACAGUACAUCACGGUACAUCACAGUAUAUCGCGGUACAUCACUGUACAUCAACGUACAUCACAGUACAUCACUGUACAUCACAGUACAUCACUGUACAUCACAGUACAUCAACGUACAUCACGGUACAUCACAGUACAUCAACCUUUCAAAAUGGCUGCCAGCAGAGCGAAAGAGAAAGAAAUCGCAGAUAUUGAACAACCUCGGACCGAUGAACUUGUCUCUCGUUGCCCUAAAUAGAGAUUUAACCAGCGUUGUUGAGGAUUAUUUUAUUUUUAGAGAUAUUGACAGUGAUAUUGAAGGCUCAGAGAGUGAAGGAGAAGAGCCCUCACAGCCCCUGUCAAGACGAGUGCAGUCCAGUUGCCUCAGAAGCUUAAGAUGUGGAGCCAGUCAGUCUGCCGAGUAA